UCGUCGCCGUGACGCGUUUUAAAACGAGAAAAGGCGGCUGCGCUAGGCCGUGCGUUUGCCGAGCACGCCGAGGGCGCUUGCUUGUAUUGUUUGCCGGCUUAGUCCGCUUGCUGAUUAUUGACCAGCACUUUGUUUGCGGCCAUGAAACGAAAAGCUCCACCAGAAUCCUCACACAGACCUCUGUCGGCGUGGGAGCGCCGGCGGGUGUACUCACAACAGCUGCGAGAAAAAACUCUGCUUCGUACUCCGGAACUUUCCCGCGCAAACGGAACCCUUACACGUUCGAACAAAAGCAAGCCUCAAAAAUCUUGUCACCCUGUGUUAGAAAGAAAAUCGCCUAAGGCAGCACAUUCUCUCACUGCAAGAAAUGGCAGUCAGCGCACCAGUGUGCUGACCUCGUCUGUAAUGAAACCAAAGGUGAAGACGGUGCAAACAAAGCCAGCUUCUGCAGUGCACAAGACACCGCCUAAGAAAGUCAAGGUACUUGCUUCCAAGCCUACAGCAGUCACCAAAAUGCUUGGCACAAAGUACGCUGCUGCCAAGUUGCAACCACCGAAAAUGAAGCAGGCUAUCGGGGUUUCCCAAGCACAACACAAAGUUGAACCGGUCAAAACUGCUCAAACAAAAGUUGCAAAAACAUCCCAGGUAGUUGAAGGUCAAAAACUUUCCCGCCCACAAGUGAAGGUUUGCGGACAGUCUUUGAAAAGACCCUGUGUUAAAACACCUCCUGGACCGCCGGAAAGCAGGCUCAAAAAGAGAGCUGCCUGUGGUGAGAUGGCCAAAGCUGAAGGCAGGAGUAGUUCAACGCCAUGUUCACUGGUGGUCGAGAAGGUUGCUGCUGCAAGUGAACUAGCGGACAGUUCAAGCGGGAGCACGCCUUACCACACUGCCCACAGUAUCUGCCUCUCCUCGGACGACAGUGUUUCUCCGAUUGGCAAAAGAAAGUGCACACCGCUUCACUCGUCUUCACCGGUGAAGAGUCCCGACCGAACACCUACCACGGAGCUCAAUGACACAUUCACGCUGGAAAGCCCAAAGAAACGGAGCUGCAAGAAGCCACCUUCGUCCUGCCUUCGCAAAGGGACGAGCACAUCUUGUGUCAAGAAGUCUGUGUCCUUCACGAUGCCAGCACGACGGAGCGGCACACCAAAAAGGUUACCUAAAACUCCCAGACGCAGCCGCACAUUGCAGGAAUCGCUGAAGGAAUGGCUGAAAACCCGAGGCUACAGCCUGUCAGCUCUGCGGCAGUCCCAUGGACACACUGUGCAGCAUGAGCAAAGGUUUACGCCAGGCAAAGCCGUUCGAAGAACAGCCCUGAGGUCAGCAGAAAACCAGGCAUUGGGAACGUCUCCUGUCCUGCAGAAGCCUUCGAGGCACUCCUUGCAGCAAAUGAGUGAAAGUAACAAGGCAUCAAAACACACCAGCAUCGCUGAUCUUCUGGCAGAUCUUCGGCAGUGUUUGAACAAGCCAAAUCCGCCAGAGGAUGUAGAGACAUUGCUCAACCAGCUUGAAGAGCAUGUGCCCAGUGUGAUGGAUUACCCAGCCUACUGGAUUUGCCGUUGUGUUUGCUACGAGAAAGCUGGGGACUCGGCCGAAGCUAUAAAAUCACUCUCCCUGGGACUGGACUUUGUUGCUACUGGACGCAGUGAAUUGACUGACGCCUUGGACAGCCUAAUGAAGAAGUCGCCUGGAGCAACUCGCAGCUCGCCCGCAAGAAAGCACGAACACAAGCAGAACAGGAAGCCGAAUCUCGAGCAUGUGUCAACAGAAAACGUGUUUGCAUCAACAAUUAUUGACUACAAGGUGUACGAGAAACCUGGCCUCAAUCAGAUCCACGGCAGACAGCGUACGAGUGUUGCAGUGAUGACUCCCGUGAGAAGGUCGUCUCGACAUUCCAAGCGCCGUUCCAGUCUCGUAUCACCACCGCGCACCCUACUGUACAAACCAAACUCUGCACUUGGAGAUGUGUAAGAAAUAAAA